AUGCCUAAAGUCCAGAUUAGGAAGGACCCCGCACGAUUUUGCCUCGCGGCGGCCGCGCUCGCGCCGUGCCCGCCCCGCCGCCCGCGCCGCGCGACUGGUGAGCGCAGCACGCACCUGCGAUAUACGCGGCCCGCGACAGGUAUAGCUGACCCGUGUGCCCGUGUCCGCAGGAAGAGCGCGGACGACGUGAUCGACCUGGGCGCGCCCCGCGCCCUCCGCGCCCAGCAGCGCCAGCCGCCGCGCCGCAUCGCCGCGCCCUACACGCCCAACCCGCGCCUGUACCCCGGGCUGCAACCGAAGCAGAAAGCGAAGCCGAAGAAGUGCCAGGGCACCGGCGCCGGCCCCGCGCGGCGCCGCCGGCCGCGGCCGCUGCGCCUGCCCGUGCCCAACUCGCGCCUGUACCGCGCGGCGCCGCGCCCGCCGCCCCCGCCGCCGCGCCCGUCCCCGCGCCGCGCCUGGGCGCCGCCGCCGCCGCGGGCGCCGCACGACACCGCGUCCCGCGCCGCGCUGCGCCUGGCCGAGCAGCGCGCGCACUCCGUGCGUAUCCCCGACCGCGCCGCAGCGGCGAAGGCGGCGCGCGGGGCGGCGGCGCCGGAGCGGCCCCCGGCGGCCGAGUGGCCCCCGGCGGCCGAGCGGGCCCCGGCGGCCGAGCGGGCCCGCACGCCGCGCCUCGUGGUGACGCUGCCGGGCGGGCCGCCGCCGCCGCGCUACCAGCCGCGCAGCCAGCACUUCCGCUUGCGCUCGCUCGACACGGACUCGGGCGCCUCCUCGCCGACGGCGGCCGCGCCGCAGUGCCCGCCCUCGCCCGGGAUGGCGCGCACGCCGGAGGACGGCUCCGACGGCAACGACUCGCUGUCGGCGCCGAGCGAGUUCCUCGCAGAGUUCCUAUCGGCGAUCAUGCGGCGGCAGUACGCGGAGGCGCUCAAGUACUGCCGGCUGAUUCUGCAGUAUGAGCCGCACAACGCCACGGCACGCGGCUUCUACCCGCUGCUGCGCCACAAGCUGGGGCACCGACCCGCGCGUGCCGACUCUCCUCGUGAAGGGCGGGUGCGCAGCUCGAGCUCUGAAGCGAGCGGCAGCGCCGCGGAAGGCGGCGCCUCGGACGUGGAGUCGGCCGCGUCGUGCGCGUCGCUGUCGCUGGACUCGUCGCGCAGCGCCUCGCCCGCCGCGCCGCGCCGCCGCUCGUGCACGGCGGUGGAGGGCGUGUGCGCCGCC